AGAACCACUCGGAGAGAGAGAGAGAGAGAGAGAGAGAGAGAGAGAGAGAGAGAGAGAGAGAGAGAAGACAACAAAGUAAUACAACCACAAAGACAACAUCUAAAGCACCAGUAAACAUCAGGGAUGGACCAGCCUCUGUUCCUCCUCCUUGUUUUCUCAGGGCUGUCCAUCCUCCCCUCAUCCCUCACUCAUCAGUUCCACUUUGUGAAUUUGAAUAAGACCUGGACUGAAGCUCAGCGUUUCUGCAGACAGAACUACACUGACCUGGCCACCAUAGAUGACAUGGCAGAUAUGAAGAAGCUCAAUAGCACAGUAUCAGCUAGUUGGAGAGGAUCAGCCUGGAUUGGGCUGUAUAACAUAAUCUGGAGGUGGUCUCUGGGAGACAGAGAGUUAGAGGGGGAGGUGUUUUGGGAUGAUCAUCAUCCAAAUAAUGAUGCCGAAACGUUGUGUGUCUAUAUGUUGCUAAAUGCGACUUGGCAAAAUUAUGACUGUAGUAAAACAUUUUAUUUUGUCUGCUAUGAUGAAAAAAAUGCGACCAAUAAGUACAUUCUCAUUGCUGAAUAUAAGACAUUUACUAUAUAACUGUAUCUGAGUACAUUCACUAUAUAACUGUAUCUGAGUACAUUUACUAUAUAACUGUAUCUGAGUACAUUCACUAUAUAACUAUCUGAGUACAUUCACUAUAUAACUGUAUCUGAGUACAUUCACUAUAUAACUGUAUCUGCCAGCUGCAGGCUAGAGCACCGUACAAACACCUGAGUACAUUCACUAUAUAACUGUAUCUGAGUACAUUUACUAUACAACUGUAUCUGAGUACAUUCACUAUAUAACUGUGUCUGAGUACAUUCACUAUAUAACUGUGUCUGAGUACAUUCACUAUAUAACUGUAUCUGAGUACAUUCACUAUAUAACUGUAUCUGAGUACAUUCACUAUAUAACUGUAUCUGAGUACAUUCACUAUAUAACUCUAUCUGAGUACAUUCACUAUAUAACUGUAUCUGAGUACAUUCACUGUCUAACUGUAUCUGCCAGCUGCUGGCUAGAGCACCGGUCCCAACACCAGAGUACAUAUAACGCAUCUUAUGUGACUAAUCAAUCAGUAGAGUUGUAAAUGUGAUAUAAACACAUUUAU